UACUGCAUGGUUGCUCCACAUGACUUUUUUUAGGGUCAUUAGAAAUAAACGUUUUGUGAAAAUUGCAUAAAAGUAAAAAAAAAAAUAAAAAUAAAAAAAUAAACCAAAAUGAAUAGUUAAUAUCUAAGAUUCCAGCACGUUUAAGAUAGAUAUUUCAAAGAUUAUUGAUAUUCUUUAUAAUGGACGCUCUUGUAUGUCAUUGGCACAGUGUGGCUAAAUGGGAUUGAUAAUUACAUUAUUGUGAUGCACUGCUUCUAUGCUUACUGAAGAUAACAUUUGAACACUCUUGGCAGCUUAACUAGGUCAAUGCAGAAACAACACAGAUACGCAUGGGAUUUGACCACCUGUUAAUCACCUUUUGGAAGAUAUUUGUGAUUGCAUAGUUUUAUAAAGGAGGUGAGGAUCAGGAAGCAUUCAUACUAAAUCUAACACAAGUGAGCCAUGGCAGUCUUUUCUGAUCUUCGGCUGAUGUCUCUGCUUGUGCUGUUGCUGGCGUCUCAGCUGGACUUUGCUAGUGCUGUUCGGGUGUUUGGCUUAUAUGCCAGGGACCUCACCGGUGAUGCUUUUGGAAACUUCCCUGAUCCAUACGUCAAGGUCUGGUGUGGCUCUGCUUUUGGGGGACAGACAGAAUAUCACAAGGAUAACAUGCAUCCUAGAUGGUCUGCAGUCUUCAGCUUCCCAAACUGCAAUCCAUAUGAAAACCUGAAGUUGGAGGUGUGGGACAAAGACCUGAAUUUUGAUGAUCAUUUGGGCACAUGUUACAGACAGGUGGAAUUUGGGACUUUUGCCGUUACUUGUCAUCUGAGCAAAGGAACUCUGUAUUACAAAUAUGAGUUGAUACAAUAAAUCUGUUCCAAACAGCUUUGAAACAAACCUCAACUGGAACUACCCCGAUAGGCAUAAAGCUGAUGUGCUAACUCUUUACAGUAAGGUUUCAUUAGUUAGGUUAACAUGAACUAAGAAUGAACAAUACUUCUACAGCAUUUAUAAAUCUUAGUUAAUGUUAAUUUCGUCAUUUACUCACACAUUAUUAAAAUCAA